UUAAUAGCUAAGCCUGGCUGAAAGGAUUCUUCUGCUCUUUGGCUCUUAGAGUGACGAAAUCUUGCUGUAAUUUGAGAACAGAUACCUCUUCUGCAGCAUAUCAUUAGCCAAAAAAGAAAAAAAAACUUUGCAACAGCAGCCCAGAUGUUGAAAUAGUAUAGUAGCAUGCUGAAGAAGAGAGCAAUCUCUCAGUUCACAGACACGCUGUGCUACUUCUGCUGCAUCCAAAGAAGGCAUUGGAGUCUCCUGUCUUUACAUAUGAGCUCUUCCCUGUGUUCUCAGUGUCCUUCACCGAUUGAAUGCAAAGAAUUUUUUGUCUGCAAACUGAACAGGACUUGACUACGGCAACUUUGCACUCUCCGUACCUGAGGCUACACAAUAUUUAAUUCCAAAAUAGCAAAUUGUGGAAUGUCAAGGGUGCAUCUUGCUGCCAAGGAGGAUAUCUGUGCUUGGCUUGGGAAUUAAAAUUCUAUAACUUGACUGUCUACCGCUGGCACUGUAGCAAGCGAUUACUCUGCACAAUGACAGGAUUUCAGCUUAUGUGGCUUGGAAUUUUCUUCAACCUGUGUUAUGGUUUCUACAAUGGCCCCCUGCACCCCGAGAUGUCCAACGGAACUCUGCAUCAUUAUUUUGUCCCUGAUGGGGACUAUGAAGAAAACGAUGACCCUGAGAAGUGUCAGAUGCUCUUUAGAGUGACCGAUGAAAGAUCUUGUGCUUCCGGAGAGGGGCAAUCUCUUUCCUUAAAGGAAGAAUUCAUCGUGAUCAAAAGACAGAUAGAAGACGCCGAGAGAGUACUCGAAAGCAUCAGCAAAAGCAUAUCCUAUGACCUGGAUGGAGAAGAAAGCUACGGAAAAUACCUGGGGAGGGAGUCCUCCCAGAUUAGCGAAGCCUUCUCCAACUCGGAUAAGUCUUUGACGGAACUGGAAUUAAAGUUUAAGCAGAGCCAAGAAAACGAGAUGAACGAGAUGAAGGGGUUAAACGAUGACUUUGUGGAUAUGAUGAUCCACACGAGAGCUGUGCUUAGGGAAACUUUAGAUGUCUCUAUGGGACUUAGGGAUAAACAUGAACUCCUGUCUUUAACUAUUCGAAGCCACGGUGCUAGACUAAGCAGGCUGAAAAAUGACUAUCUGAAAGUUUGAAACCAUGAAAACUGGGGAUUUCCUGUCUUUAAUUUAUGCAGAUUCUUAACAUCUUAAAGUAUUUAAAAGUAGCUAUGACUCAUGCUGUAUGUAUAGCAAAUGCUCAGGAAGUACUGAGUUAUUUCAAAGAUAUCCCUAUGAUCCUAGAAUGACUUCCUCUAUGCGAAAGUGACACAGUGCUCCUUUUUUUUGUUGUUGGUUGACCUGGCACUUAACCCGUUUGACUCCAGGCAGAGCUGCAGCGCAGUCCGAUGCACACCUUUAGUUGGGUUCAAGCAGUCAAUGAGUUAAUUCAUAAAUUAGGAGGAAGUAAAAAUGCAUUAUAACUCUAUGCAUUGUUUUUAAUAUUUAAAUUGCUACAUUCUAUGUCAACAUUUUGGUUGAUCCUUGAACACUUAAAUUUAAGUUGCUGAUAGUCGUGGGGAAUGCAAUAUCAUUUUUUUUUUAGUAGGUUCGCACAUUGAGUUAAAUUAUAUUUUAAAUGUUUAUUUUUCUACAGCCUGAGAUUAGAUCAGGUUCUGUACUAUUAUAGGUACACCUUAUUCUGGUAUAUAUUAUUUAUUUUAUCAGGAUUGUUGCAUUGAUGAAAAUGCAUACGCUGUACAUAAGAAGCAUUCUAUUAUAGAGUAAAUCGCUUGUUUUAUAGGCAUAAGAAUCUUUGAAUAUAUUUGUAUUCUGUUGCACAGAACCGUAUUAUGUAUUAUAUGUGUUUCCUAUGUAAAUGAUGGAACAUUUUUACAAUAUCCUAUAUAAAUGUUAAUAAAAUUAAAGCCAUUUCCUUCGAGUUA